GCCGCACCAUCAUUCGUUGACUUGACAUUUCAUAUCAGCUUCACACCAGAGCACCAAAUGGCCUGUGAUAUGAUUGAGAUUUCUCGCCAUAUUAAUGCGAAUCAUAAGCAAGCCUGCAGCGACCUGGAGAAGGCCAGUCUAUUCAUCUCAGGAGCUUUGCAGAGUGAGAUCCAGAGGAACACAACUCUGCGCAUGUUAAUCCACCAUCUGAAAGAGAGGGCAGCUGAGAAUGGAAGGAGCCUAUCAGGGCAGUUGGAGUCCAACCGGCAGCUGAAGCUCCAGGUGAAUGAACUACAGAAACAACUGGAGGAUAAAGACAACUCACUAAUACAAGCCAAACAGAGUAUUGCUGUCCUGAAGAAUGAACUGGUGGACCUGAAACAGCAGCUGCAGAGCCACCAGAGUAAUCACAGGAUGAUUCAGGAAGUGACCGAGUGGCAACAGGAUGAGAGCCUGACCAAUAUUGUGAAAGAGGAGGAGUGUGUCCAGCAGAAUGUUCUUGUUGCAGUUAAAGAGGAAGAUGCUAAUGAUGCAUAUCCGUGUAGUCAGCCAGAUGAAACAGACGCCUCCACAGAACAGACACAGUCCUCAUCUGCAGACAUUAGAACGGAACUGGUACAGGAAGAAGAUGAAAAGUUAGCAAUGGAAAAGCACCAGCAGGACAUUCACACAGGAGAGGAUCCUCAUCUCGAACAAGACCAGAACACGCGCACAGGAAAAACGCCCCACCACCACAAACAUCAUGGCAAACGUGCUACGAGGACAAACACUCCCUCCGCACGGAAGCGCUCUCACAAAGGGCAGAAGAUCCACCAUUGUGGAGAAUGUGGGAAGAAUUUCACACAAGCAGUCAGCCUGAGGAUGCACCAGCUCAUUCACACAGGAGAGAGGCCACACCGCUGUGACCAAUGUGACAGGUCUUUCACACAAGCAGUCAGCCUCAGGAGGCACAAGCUCAUCCACACGGGAGAAAAGCCACACACAUGCACUGUAUGCAAGAAAGGUUUUAUUCAGUUGGAGCAACUCAAAACGCACCUGCAUCUUCACACGGGAGAGAAGCCGUACUAUUGUGCACAGUGUGGGAAGCGAUUCACGCAAGAGCGGCACCUCAAGAUGCACAGCCUCAUCCACACGGGCAAGAAGCCCCACCAGUGUACCGAGUGCGGCCAAUCUUUUCAGCAUGUUGGAGGCCUUAGAGUGCACCUGCGCCUUCACACAGGGGAGAAGCCGUACUGUUGUGACCAGUGUGGCAGGACUUUCACGCAGGCAGGAAACUUCAGGAAGCAUCAGCGCGUCCACACAGGACAGAGGCCCCACCAAUGUACGCAGUGCAACAAAGGUUUUACUCAGUUGGACCAACUAAGAGAGCACAUGAAGCGCAUUCACACAGAAGACGAGGCCCACUAACUAAGAAG